AUGGCAACUGAGAGCCCCAUGAGAAUGGUGGAGGGUGGUGGAGCUAGAAAGUGGUCCAGUUCUAAGGAUUCUGCUGUACUUGGAUCACCCUUAAGAAGUAUGGCAUCAGAGGAAUUGGGAUUGCUUCUGAAGGGGCAGGGGUUUCAUGGAGAUGAAACUGAGAUGAUUCCUAGUCGAAGUGGUAGUGCACCACCAAGUAUGGAGGGGUCAUUUGCUGCUAUCGGAAACCUUUUAGCUCAACACAACUUAAGCACAAGUUCUAGCUUGGAAAGUUUAGGCAGUGUUAUUGAAAAUUGUGAGUCUGAGGAACAACUGCGCUCUGAUCCAGCAUAUUUUGCAUACUACUGUUCGAAUGUCAACUUGAAUCCAAGGCUUCCUCCACCACUAUUGUCACGGGAGAAUCGCCGCCUGGUACGCCAUGUUGGUGGUUUUGGGAAUAAUUGGAGGCCUGAAAGUGGCAACGGAUCCUUGCAACAUUCCAAAAGUUCCCUUUCAACUCAUGAGGAGGAGCCAGAUGAUGAUAGGGGAUCUUCAGAAAAUAGUGGCGUGUAUAUAUCUGGAGAUAACACAACUUCUUUGGCAGGUCGACAUAAGAGUUUGGUGGAUCUCAUUCAGGAAGACUUCCCUCGCACUCCUUCUCCUGUAUAUAGCCAGUCCCGCCCCUCAAGCCUUGCAGCAGCAGAAGGAACUGAUCAUGAUGUCCAUGCAAUUCCAUUGAAUGUUUCUUCUACCAACAUUUCCAAAGUACCAGAAUCACAUGCUGGUUCUGAUGUUUGUGUUGAUACAUAUGGGCUGGAGGUAGAUGCUUUGAGGUUAAUAUCCAUUAAUGAUCCUGCAAGUGCUGAUUUGCCAACUUCAUCGUGUCGUGAUGGGACACCAACCCGGCAAAAGGUGAAUCCAGCACUAAAGGUACUGGUUUUGAGGUUGAUGCUUCAAUUAGAGGUUCCCGUCAAUCAGGUUCAAGUGAUUUCUCAAGGAUCAAAUCUAUCUCACAGUAGCAUGGAAAACCCUUCCCAUGGUUAUCCUAAAUUCUCUUCUAUUGAGGUACAACCAUCACUGCAUUCUCCUGUCUAUGCACCGCAAGCAGCUUAUAUGACAGCAGGGACUCCGUUUUACCAGCCAUCUAGUGUAUACCCUUCACAGUAUAGUAUGGGUGGAUAUACUGUUGGUUCUGCGUUUAUUUCCCCAUAUAUGCCCGGGUAUCCAUCUCAGAGCACUAUUCCUAUGUCAUUUGGUGGUGUGCCUGGUCCGAGCAAUGAUGGUCGAUCUGCUGAUGCUUCAGCAGUUCCACAUAUAGGUAGCUUGCAACAUCUUGCCAAGUUUUAUGGACAACAAGGAUUAAUGUUACAACCUUCUUUUGUGGACCCUCUUCAUGUGCAACUUUAUCAACAUCCAUUUGGGGAUGCAUAUAGUGCUACACCUCAUCACAAUCGCUUGGCAUCAAGUGGAGCUACUGGGCCACAGAUUGAUUCUUUCAUUCCACAGAAAGACUUGGCAAUUGCUGCUUAUAUGGCUGAUCAGAAACUUCUGCCUUCAACAAAUGGAAGUUUAAGCAUUCCUGGUCCAGGAAAGAUGACGAUUCCUGGUGCCUCACCCCUUACCAGUCCAGUGCUUCCAUCAUCUCCAGUAGGUGGAGUCAAUCAUCUAGGUCGGCGAAACGACAGAUUUCCCCAAGGUUCGAGUAGAAAUGCAGGAUUAUAUUUCGGAGGUCAAGAACAGAGAGCAAUUAGCAGUGCUGAUGACCCUAAAAGGCAUUACUUUCUUGAAGAACUGAAAUCAAACAAUUCCCAAAAAUUUGAACUCUCUGAUGUAACAGGGCGCAUAGUUGAAUUCAGUGUCGACCAACAUGGGAGUCGAUUUAUUCAGCAAAAACUGGAACGUUGCAAAGUCGAGGAAAAGGAAUCUGUAUUUAAAGAAGUUCUUCCUCAUGCUCCAAAACUAAUGACAGAUGUGUUUGGAAAUUAUGUCAUUCAAAAGUUUUUUGAACAUGGAAGUCCUGAACAGAGAAGAGAGCUCGCAGAAAAACUUUCUGGACAGAUGUUGCAGUUAAGUUUGCAGAUGUAUGGUUGUCGUGUAAUUCAGAAGGCCCUUGAAGUGAUAGAGCUCGAUCAGAAAACAAAACUAGUACAAGAGCUCGAUGGGCAUGUUAUGAGAUGUGUACGUGAUCAAAAUGGGAAUCAUGUAAUACAGAAGUGUAUAGAAUGUGUACCCACAGAGCGUAUUGAAUUUAUUAUUUCUGCUUUUCGAGGCCAAGUUUUCACGCUGUCAACUCAUCCCUAUGGUUGCCGUGUCAUUCAGAGAGUUUUGGAGCAUUGUUCCGAUGAGCAGCAAAGUCAAUGUAUAGUUGAUGAGAUCUUAGAAUCCUCCUACCUUCUUGCUCAAGACCAGUAUGGUAACUAUGUUACCCAGCAUGUUUUGGAAAGGGGAAAGCCCCAUGAAAGGAGCCAAAUUAUCAGCAAAUUGACUGGGAAAAUUGUACAAAUGAGUCAGCAUAAGUACGCAUCAAAUGUUGUUGAGAAGUGUAUGGAGCAUGCUGAUGCUGCUGAAAGGGAGCUCAUGACUGGGGAGAUCAUUGGGCAGUCUGAGGAAAACGACAACUUGUUGAUAAUGAUGAAGGACCAAUUUGCCAAUUAUGUGGUCCAAAAGAUACUUGAAACAAGCAAUGAGAAACAGAAGGAGAUACUGCUCACUCGUAUAAAUGCGCAUCUUAAUGCUCUUAAGAAAUACACUUACGGGAAGCACAUUGUUGCUCGGUUUGAGCAACUAUGUAGCGAAGGUGUGUCAACCUUUUGCAUACUAAAUAAAGCACUAGUUUCUUGUGGUUUUAGUUCUGGAAGGAUCGUUCUGGAUUGGUGUCGAUGA